UCAAGAUGAUUAGGGUGAUAUUGGGAUGAACCAGUUGAGGACGUUAUGGAAGGUGGUGAAGUGGAUGUUGAAAAUAACAAUGAAGAUGAUGCUUCUGAUGGUAGAAGGUGUAGAGAAAAGGGGUUUCGAUCAGAUUCAGGCACUGAGAUGAACAAAGAAGGUUUGGGAAAUGGAAUUGAAUCUGCUGUGAUUGAUAGAGAUAGUCAGGGAGAACUGAAAUGGACCUGGUGGUACAAGAGAUGCUAUGUGAGAUACAGGGAAUGUCUGUGUUAUGAUGCAGAGAAGAAACAAGCUGCUACUGUUAAUUCGAACAAGAAUCUGAAAAUGGUGAUACUGAGAAUGGGUUUGCUGGAAGAGAUUGGGAACAAUGGUGGUGUUACACUGCAGUUAGUUAGAGAUGGUGUUGCCGGAAUCUGUUUGUGUCAAGAUUACAAGUUCAGUUUCUAUAAGGAUUGAUUUUGGUAGAGUUCUUGAGGCUGAGUGCAAUGAGAAUCUGUUGAGCCAAGAGUUGUGACAAGUGAUUUGAAGGUUGUUACUACAUAUGGAUUUAAGGGUUUGCAGGAGAUGAAGUUAGUACAAGAGUCUGUUGAUGUAUUGAUUAUAUUAAUGAGUUGCUCAAUGAGCACAAUUCAACGACAGUGCAUCAAAUAUAUUGGGCCUAAAGAGAGGGAAGUCUAUGAAGUAAUCGUAGAAGAUAGAAAGCUCAUCUACAAACAAGGUGGAGAGUGUGUGGAC